AUGGCCUUCCAAGAGGUGUUCAUCAACCAACUACUUACAUCACGCAAGUCUUUGGCCCCUACAAAGGUCGUGUCUGCGGAACAACCCACAAUGAUUACGAAUAUCCUGAGUCCAUUAUUCUUCCUAUACUUUGGUCUCGCUCAAGCUUUUUACCUCCCCGGUGCUGCGCCCCAUAAUUAUGUUGAAGGCGACAAUGUUGAUCUCUUUGUCAACGCAUUAACGCCAAUGCGUUCUCUCACUAACGAGAAAGUGAUCAAAAUGCUCAAAGACAACGAUACAUGCAGAACUCUCUGCGUCGUCUCAGAUGUGACUGGCGAUGAGGCAAAGUUCAUCAAUGACCGCAUACGGGAAGAUUAUGCGAUAAACUGGCUUAUUGAUGGACUACCAGCCGCUGAAAUGAAGAUCGAAGCGAAAACGAAAGAGCUAUUUUUCGACAUGGGAUUUAACCUUGGGGAUAACGAAGGCAAACAUCAAAAUCUACCAGCACUUAAUAACCAUUAUGAAAUUGUGCUCAGGUACCAUCGUCCAACCCCGGAAACAUACCGUGUCGUUGGUGUCCUCGUCUGGCCUGCAAGCAUUGGUGGCGUUCAAACCUCAACUCCCAAUUGUGAUUCGAGGAAUGCCCAACCUUUGAUACUGAGCGAAGACCGCUCACAGUCUAUUCGAUAUACUUACAGGGUGUCGUGGAAUGAAUCGGAUACCCCUUGGGCGACACGUUGGGACAAUUAUCUUCAUAUCUUUGACCCUCGAAUUCACUGGUUCAGCUUGAUAAAUUCGAUAGUUGUCGUCGUUUUGCUAUGUGUUAUGGUAUCCAUGAUUCUGGUUCGCACCGUUUCUCGUGAUAUCAGUCGCUACAAUGCUAUUGAAGUUAGCGAAGAUGUACAAGAGGACUGGGGCUGGAAACUUGUCCACGGAGAAGUCUUCCGCGCUCCAAGGAACUCUUUACCACUUUCAGUUCUGGUCGGUAAUGGUUCGCAGUUAAUGGCUAUGACAAUUGUGACUUUGGUGUUCGCCUUGAUGGGCUUCUUGUCACCUUCUAAUCGUGGAUCUUUGGCUACUGUGAUGAUGGUUUGUUGGUCAUUCUUCGGAAGCGUUGGCGGAUACUUCUCAAGCAGAGUUUAUGCCUCUCUUGGUGGCACAAAUCGGAGAAAAAAUGCGUUUGUUACUGCCACUGCUCUGCCGACGUUCAUUUUCAUCAUCGUUUUCCUUCUGAACUUUUUCCUACUGUCUGCUGGUUCAUCAGGCGCUGUUCCAUUCGGUACCAUGUUGCUCAUCAUCAUUAUGUGGUUUGGUAUCUCUGCGCCUCUAUCUGCUAUUGGUUCCUAUUUUGGAGCCAAACAUGGUCGCAUACAAAACGUCGGUCGAGUGAACCCUAUACCAAGACAGAUUCCUCCCGGCCCUAAAUACCUCAGACCCUUGGCGGCGUCGCUUCUCGGCGGAAUUCUUCCAUUUGGGGCCGCAUUUGUUGAGCUGUACUUUGUUCUGUCUAGUCUUUUCGCCUCCAGGGCAUACUAUGCCUUUGGAUUCCUGGCUCUAACCGCUGGUGUUGUUGCUCUGACAACUGCGACAGUAACAAUCCUAUUUACGUAUUUUCUCCUGUGUGCUGAAGAAUAUAGGCAGGCAUGGCAUUGGCGAUCCUUCCUCAUUGGCGGAGGCAGCGCAUUCUGGGUCAUGACCUACGGACUCUUCUAUUGGGCUACACAACUUAGAUUAGAAUCUUUCUCCAGCGUAGUUCUAUACUUGGGCUACCUGUUUCUCAUUUCUGUCCUUGAUUUCUUGGUAACAGGAACUAUCGGAUUUUUUGCGUCGUACUGGGUUAUUAGAAAAAUUUACAGUGCUAUUCGCGUUGAUUAA